AUAAAUAAGACUGAGAAGUCAGAGUGGAGGAAAAUUGUCAUUUGUGUGACAUGUUUAUCCCUGAUGAUGAGUGCCAGGUUGAUUUUUGUGGAGAAAGUGGUGGGAGAAAGUGGGAGAAAAAGUGCACUCGUCGUCAUCUCGAGAUGAGAUUGGAGUCAGUCAGUGUUCAUGGAAAAGCUGCUCAUCAUCGAGUCGGGUCGACUCGUUCGGCAGAUGAGGGUCUGUGUGCUACAGGGAACAGGCAGGGUCCGCCAACUCCAACCCAGCAAACCCAAACCUAACAACAGAAAAACUUGUUUUCGUCACUCCUUAUUCCUAGUAAAAUAAUUAUCCUCUUUGGAAUUGGGCCUUUCGACAUGGAUGAACGGGUCAAAUUUUUGGAGGGCGAACUCACAAAGUUCGCAGAAGCCUUUGAAGAGCUGACUUACCAUUAUUCAACCAUCCAUAACUUUCUCCUCGCUCAGUUUGGUGACAAGUUCAAGGACUUUGUGCUUGCGGAAAAUGCUGAAAAUGCAUUUACUGAAAUACAAAAUCUUCGAAUGGGUGGUGCUGUCAAUAAAGUUGAAGAGGAUGACGAUGAGAAUAAUGCAGAACAAUUUGGACAAGAUUAUGAAGAUGGAGUUGAAUGUGCUACAGACAUUCUGAAAAUUCAUGUUGACGAAACUGAAGAUGAUGACGAGGAGGAAUUUGGGGAUGAAGAACAAGAAGAACCAUCUCCUGUUCGUGUUACAUUAGUCCAUAAGAAACCAAAUUCUCUGGUGAAUGGAAAUCGAGUUGGAGUUGUUCAGGGCAGUGCACAAAUUAUUCAAAGGGUUCAACAACUUCAGCAAUCUCAUCACAAGGUUCAACCUCGACAACAAGCAAAUCCAGCAACUGGACUUAAAUUUCUCCGUCCUCUUCCAUUACUUCAACAGCGUCCAACCUCAUCAUCCCAAUAUCGUCAGACUUUUACAAAUAAUGGGGCAGGAUGGCAAAAAACUCCCCCCACGCCCGUAAUUAGACCAGUUAUAGGAGGAAAUCGUGGAAAUGAAAUCCUUUUAAGUAAUGACAAUGAAGAUUUUAAGGCUGGGAAGUAUUCAAAAUUUUACAAAAAAAUCAAUGAUGAACUGAUUCAAUGCAAAAUGUGUCAGAAAAUAUUGAAAAGACGGGGCAAAUUUAUCCAACAUUUAAGAACACAUACGGGAGAAAAACCAUUUCAGUGUGAAUUUUGUCCAGCAUCCUUCUCUCGAAAAGAUAACAUGAAUGUCCAUGUUGCUAAACAUCACUCUCCAAAUGGAAGCAUUCUUGUUCAAACGUCGCCAUCAAACCAGUAUAAUUACGCUUUAUUGCCUGCUUCCAAUAAUAAUAGCACUAAAAAAUUUCUCCAAGGCUUUAAAUGUCAAAUCUGCGCCAAGCUAUUUGCCAGUGAGACUAUUUUCCAGUCGCAUAUGAAAUUAGUCCACCACUCUGUUAGCCAACCAGACGAUGAUUACAAUGAGGAGGAUGAAGAUGAUGAUGACGCCCAGAAUGAGGGGGAUGAAGAACAAAUGGAUGAGAUGAACAACUAUGCUGAAACAGAUUAUAUUGGUGGCGAAGAAGAAAAUGGAGAAGAUGGCGAUUUCUAAUAUAACAGAAGUUCAGAAAUUUUUCACACAACUAUUCAUGCUCCUAGUAAUUAUUGCGCAAGUGUAUAUAGGUAGGUUAGUAUGUUCCAGGUCCCUGUUAUAUUUUGUUCAGUAAAGUUUAGUUAACAAUUUUACUUUUGUGAGGUGGCUUCUUUUAUUGAGUGAUAGGUUUUUUACAAUCAAAUAAAUCUGGUCGUGUAGUCCUAGUAAGAAAUAAUAGGCAAUAAAUAUCAACACCAAAGAAAAUCAGAGCCAUUACGUGUAUUAAAUAUUAAUAAGAACAACAUGUAGCCUAAUUUAUUAAUUUUACAUUUUUACCUAAUAAAAACGUUGCAAUGCUUUCACGAAAAUAAAUUUCA